AUGGCAUAUGGCAGUGAUCAGGACGCUGGUAUGGGGGUGAUCAGGACAUUAGCAUGAGGUAUGGUGGUGAUCAGGACGCUGGUUUGGGGUAUGGCGGUGAUCAGGAUGCUGGUAUGGGGUAUGGCAGUAAUCAGGAUGCUGGUAUAGGGUAUGGUGGUGAUCAAAAUGCUGGUAUGGGGUAUCGCGGUGAUCAGGAUCCGGUAUGGGGUAUUGCGGUGAUCAGGAUGCUGGUAUGGGGUAUGGCAGUGAUCAGGGUAAUGGUAUGGGGUAUGGCGGUGAUCAGGAUGCUGGUAUGGCAUGCGGAGUGAUCAGGAUGCUGGUAUGGGGUAUGGUGGUGACCAGGAUGCUGGUAUGGGGUAUGGUGGUGAUCAGGAUGCUGGUAUGGGGUAUGGUGGUGAUCAGGGCACUGGUAUGGUGUAAUGCGGUGAUCAGGGCACUGGUAUGGGGUAUGGCGGUGAUCAGGGCACUGGUAUGAUGUAUGGCGGUGAUCAGGGCACUGGUGUGGUGCAUGGCGGUGAUCAGGGCACUGGUAUGAUGUUAUGGCGGUGAUCGGGGCACUGGUAUGGUGUAUUGCAGUGACCAGGGCACUGGUAUGGUGUAUGGCGGUGAUCAGGGUACUGAUAUGGUGUUUGGAAGUGAU